AUGAUUCCGCUCGCUUUCCACUCACCUCUAAUUCAGCCCGAGGGAGCAGGGAACUCUUGCUUGCACUGCUCUCGUGGUGCCAUGACACGGUCUCUAGCAGCAGCCACGCUGCUCACACUUCUGACACCUGCUACUGCUUAUAUCCGCUCAGCGACAGCGGUGUCAGGGGAUGUGGUGAAGGGUGCAGGGGACCUGACGAAGGGAGGGAAGGUUGGACUCUACACGGUCUUGUUGCAGACCUUGAACCCGUAUCUUGGCGAUUUGAAGCAACUGAUGGAGUGCUGUGGUUCUGCAGCACCCUUGGCUGCACAGGUGGCUGCACAGGUAAACACCAAUCAGUUUACCGGUGACAUCGAGAAGAAGAUUAGAAAAGAGUUCAUAGGGGAUGGGAAGUGUUCUGAUCCGGGCCUGGGAGCUCUCAUGAAGGAGGGUGACCCAACAUGCAGUUACUUCUACAGCUUUGCCGAUAAGAAUUGGAAGGACUACAGCUACUCCGCCAUGUGUGUGCCAAGUGAUGUUUGCUCGGUAGAUGUGGCUGGUGCAACCAAAGGGCUAAAGGUCGGCUACAGUUUGGUGCUUCAGAUCCUCAAUCGGCACUUUGGAGAUCUUGAGUAUGCUGGUGAGGGAGCACUGGGCCCCUGCUAUGAAGGAAUGAACAUGGUGAACUUGGCAAAUAUGACUUUCAAGCAACAAAAAAAUACCUUCGUUGAGCUGAUCAAAGGAAUCAAGAUUCCUCUUGGGAAGACGACAGAAUACAAUUUCGAUGGUAUGACGAAGCUUGGAUUGCUAGAAAUGAUGAACAAAUGCGAACCCACUCCUGAAACAGGUGUUCUAUAUGUGUUCAAGAAUCGGUUCUGGAGUGAAAAAAAUGCAAACAUUGAACAUCACCAAUUUUGA